CGAAACGCACUCCCUGCCCUGGAAAGUCCUGAGGAGAGAAUCGAAACAGGAACCAGACAGGCAAACUGUAAGGACUGGCUGGCGGAAAGCAGGACUCAGCGCUCCCGCUCCAGGGUACAAUCCUGUGGCCCUGGUAGAGCCCAAGCGACCGCGCCUGUCAGUGGAACCUGCCGCUUCCGCGCCCGGGUCACCGCGCGCACUGACCACCUGUCCACCUGCUCAGGUGCUACCCCGCUAUCCAGCGCCGGCCCCGGGCUCUGCGGGCAACUUGUGGUUAGGCACAGCGCUGAAGACCCUGCUCCUUCCAAACACUCAACCCUAGACCGUCUACUUGGGAGAAUCCUCUUCCUCUCUGAGAAAGAAAGAUGUCGAAUGGGUACUCUGCAGACAAGAACUUUCGCUAUCUCAUCUCUUGCUUCAGGGUCCGACUGAAAACGUACAUCCAGGUAGAGCCUGUAUUGGACUACCUGACCUUUCUGACUAAUGAAGUGAAGGAGCAAAUUCGCAGGACCGUGGCUACUUCUGGUAACAUGCAUGCAGUUGAAUUGCUUCUGAAUACCUUGGAGAAGGAGGUCUGGUCCCCUGGUUGGACUCGGGAAUUUGUGGUGGCCCUCCAGAAAACUGGCAACACCUUAGCGGCCCGUUAUGUGAACCCUGAGCUCGCCGACUUGCCCUCCCCAUCUUUCGAGAAGGCUCAUGAUGAAUGUCUUCAACUGCUGAACCUCCUUCAGCCCACUUUGGUGGACAAGCUUCUGGUUAGAGAUGUCUUGGACAAAUGCAUGGAGAAGGAACUGCUGACAAUUGAAGACAGAAAUUGGAUUACUGCUGCAGAAAAUAAUGCAAAUGAAUCAGGUGUAAGAGAGUUGCUAAACAGGAUUGUGCAGAAAGAACACUGGUUUUCUACAUUUCUGGACAUUCUUCGAGAAACAGGAAAUAACAGGCUUGCCCAGGAGUUAACUGGUGUUGCUUGCUCAGAAAGCAGUGCAGAGAUUGAGAAUUCAUCCCAUGAAGAUGGUUCUGAAGUAAAUGAGUCAUUUCUUUCAGCCACUUAUCAGUCAAACCUAGAGAAAGAGGGCCAGAACAUGGAGAAUAUUACAUCAGAGUUAUCUCUUGCAGAUUCUCCUAUGGUUUCAGAAAUUGGGAAUUCAUGCCAUGAAGAUGGUCCUGAAGUAAAUGAGUCACUUCUUUCAGCCACAGAACAGCCAAACCUAGAGGAAGAGGAUCAGGACAUUGAGAAUAAUACACCAGAGUCAUCUUUUGCAGAUUCUUUUAUGGUUUCAGAAUCAGACACAAGUUUGGCAGAAGGAAGUGUCAGCUGCUUAGAUGAAAGCCUUGGACAUAACAGCAACAUGGGCAGUGAUUCAGGCACCAUGGGAAGUGAUUCAGAUGAAGAGGAGGUCACAGAAAGAGCAUCCCCUGAGCCAGAACUGCAGCUCAGGCCUUACCAAAUGGAAGUUGCCCAACCAGCCUUGGAAGGGAAGAAUAUCAUCAUAUGCCUUCCCACAGGGAGUGGGAAAACCAGAGUGGCGGUUUACAUUGCCAGAGAUCACUUGGACAAGAAGAAACAAGCAUCUGAGCCUGGAAAAGUUAUAGUUCUUGUCAAUAAGGUAAUGUUAGUUGAACAGCUCUUCCUCAAAGAGUUCAAACCAUUUUUGAAGAAAUGGUAUCAUGUUAUUGGGUUAAGUGGUGAUACCCAACUGAAAAUAUCAUUUCCAGAAGUUGUCAAAUCCUAUGAUGUUAUUAUCAGUACAGCUCAAAUCCUUGAAAACUCCCUCUUAAAUUCAGAAAGUGGAGAAGAUGCUGGUGUCAAUUUGUCAGACUUUUCCCUCAUUAUCAUUGAUGAAUGUCAUCACACCAACAAAGAAGCAGUCUAUAAUAAUAUCAUGAGGCGUUAUUUGAAACAGAAGUUGAGAAACAAACGUCUAGAAAAAGAAAACAAACCAGUCAUUCCUCUGCCUCAGGUAUUGGGCCUAACAGCUUCACCUGGUGUUGGAGGGGCCACAAAGCAAGCCAAGGCUGAAGAACACAUUUUAAAAAUAUGUGCCAAUCUUGAUGCAUUUACCAUUAAAACUGUGAAAGAAAACCUUGAGCAACUCAAAGUCCAAAUAAAGGAGCCAUGUAAGAAGUUUGUAAUUGCAGAUGACACCAGAGAAGAUCCAUUUAAAGAGAAACUUGUAAAAAUAAUGACAAGCAUUCAAAAUCACUGCCAAAUGAGUCCAAUGUCAGAUUUUGGAACUCAGCCUUAUGAGCAAUGGGCCAUUCAACAGGAAAAAAAAGCUGCUAGAGAAGGAAAUCGCAAAGACCGUGUGUGUGCAGAACAUUUGAGAAAGUACAAUGAAGCCCUGCAAAUUAAUGACACCAUCCGGAUGAUCGAUGCAUAUAACCACCUUGAAACUUUCUAUAAUGAUGAGAAAGAGAAGAAGCUUGCGGUCCUAGAACACGACAGUGACACAAGUGUGGAUGACGAUGACUGUGAUGGUGAUGAAGAUGAGGGUGACUUAAAGAAACGUUUGAAGCUGAACGACACUGAUAAAUUUCUCAUGACUUUAUUUUUUGAAAACAAAAAAAUGUUGAAAAAACUGGCUGAAAACCCAGAACAUGAAAAUGAAAAACUGACCAAAUUAAGAAACACCAUAUUGGAACAAUAUACCAGGACUGAGGAAUCUGCACGAGGAAUAAUUUUUACAAAAACACGACAGGGCGCGUAUGCCCUUUCACAGUGGAUUACUGAAAAUGAAAAAUUUGCUGAGGUCGGAGUGAAAGCCCACCAUCUGAUUGGAGCUGGCCAUAGCAGUGAGUUCAAGCCUAUGACACAGAAUGAACAAAAAGAAGUCAUUAGUAAAUUUCGCACUGGAAAAAUAAAUCUGCUUAUCGCUACCACAGUGGCAGAGGAAGGUCUGGAUAUCAAAGAAUGUAACAUCGUUAUCCGUUAUGGCCUUGUCACUAAUGAAAUAGCCAUGGUCCAGGCCCGUGGUAGAGCCAGAGCAGACGAGAGCACCUACAUUGUGGUUGCCCCCAGCAGUUCGGGAGUUCUUGAACGUGAGAUAGUUAAUGAUUUCCGGGAGAAAAUGAUGUACAAGGCUAUACAGUGUGUUCAAAAUAUGAAACCAGAGGCAUAUGCUCAUAAGAUUUCAGAAUUGCAGAUGCAAAGUAUAAUGGAAAAGAAAAUGAAAAUCAAGAGAAGUAUUACAAAGCAUUGCAAGGACAAUCCAUCAUUAAUAACCUUUCUCUGCAAGAACUGUAAUAUGUUAGCCUGCUCAGGGAAAGAUAUCUAUGUAAUUGAGAAGAUGCAUCAUGUCAAUAUGACACCAGAAUUCAAGGAACUCUAUGUUGUGACAGAAAACAAAACACUGCAAAAGAAGUUUGCUGACUACCAAACAAAUGGAGAGAUCAUCUGCAAAUGUGGUCAAGCCUGGGGAACAAUGAUGGUUCACAAAGGCUUAGAUCUGCCUUGUCUCAAAAUAAGGAAUUUUGUAGUGAGUUUCAAAAACAAUUCCUUAAAGAAACAAUACAAAAAGUGGGUUGAAUUACCUAUCACAUUUCCUGAUCUUGACUACUCAGAAUAUUGUAUGUUGAGUGAUGAGGAUUAGCAUUUGAUUCUAGAUUCUUUUAAAACAUUAUCAAUUUAAAAUUUAAUAUGAUUUUGAUUAAUGUUUUCAUUAUACUAAAGUUCUGAUGUGAGAAUUAAUAAAAUCAUCAUUUUUUCAUCAGCAUUGAGCCCAUAAAUUAUGCUUGCAAUUAUCCAUCUUACUGGUUGAAAGGGUAAAGAAAAUCUACCACUAAUACUCAUUAGGAUGGAGCAUUCUAGUACCACUGGAACAGUACUGCAACAUAAAUGAGAACCCAAGGUACCAAUGUUAGUUCUGUUACUAAUUUUCAGAAUAAAAUUAGGCAAAUGAGUUCUGAACUUGGCUCCUUAUCAGUGGAAUUUUUAUA